CUCUCUCUCUCUCUCUUUCCAUCUCUCCCCAGGAUUUAUGGACUUUACUUUCUAGAGGGAGGCGCAGCAAGGAUGAGAGCCCAGCUGGUGUGCGUGGUGCUGCUGGCCCUGGCGUCCGGCAGUCUCUGCUCAGAUUCAGAAGAGGAAAUGAAAGCCUUAGAAGCAGAUUUAUUGACCAAUAUGUACACAUCAAAGAUUAACAGAGCAAAACUUCCUUACUGGAAAAUGACUCUGCUAAAUGUCUGCAAUCUUGUCAACAACAUAAACAGCCAAGUGGGAGAAACAGUAGAGGUAGAUGAAGAAGAUCUCAUUUCAGGAAGACAGUUUCCUGCUGGUCUGGAUGGCUUCAGCUUGGAAGCAAUGCUGACAGUGUAUCAACUCCAAAAAGUUUGCCACAGCAGAGCCUUUCAGCACUGGGAGUUACUUCAGCAAGAUGUUUUUGAUCUAGAGAACUCAAGCCAAGACAAGGAAAUAAUGAAAAGAAAAAAUCCCUAUAUUCUGAAACGGCAGCUACAUGUGAACAAAGCUAGAAGACCAUACAUACUCAAGAGAAGUACAUAUUACUGACACAGCAGAAGAAAACAAUGUAUAUUUAGUUUAUAGGUAACUGUGCGUUAUGGUUAUUUAAUUCUAAAAUCAUACCUGUGUGAAAA